GCGGCUGUUGGACUUGUUGCUAUAGCUCUCGCCUGCGAGUUACCCUCUCCCCCUUUUCUCUGGUCUCUCAUUGGUUUCGUCCCGUGCGGACCAUAGCGACGGUUGUGCGCUGAGGCAAGAUGGCGGUUUCGGCCUCUGCACAGCUGCCGGCUCUGUGAAAGCGGCGCUCACUCCUUUCCCCUUUCCCCUCCUAGCUGUCGCACCCCGUUUCUCCCGGCUGCCCUCCGCCUCUUCUCCUUCCCCGUCGAGGGUGUAAGGAUCAUGUCGGAGUCGGAGGAGGAGGAGAGUCCGGACCACCAGCUCAAGCUAGUGGUGCUGGGGGACGGCACCACUGGCAAGACAUCCUUAGCUACACGUUUUGCUCAAGAAACAUUUGGAAAACAGUACAGACAAACCAUAGGAUUGGACUUCUUUUUGAAGAGGAUAAUAUUGCCAGGAAAUUUGAAUGUUACUCUUCAAGUGUGGGAUGUAGGGGGACAAACGAUAGGAGGCAAAAUGCUGGACAAAUAUAUUUAUGGAGCUCAGGCUGUUCUCUUGGUUUAUGAUAUUACCAAUGGCCAGAGUUUUGAAAAUUUAGAAGACUGGUAUAAUGCAGUAAAAAAAGUGAAUGAAGAUUCAGAAACACAGCCACUUGUGGCCUUGGUUGGAAAUAAAAUUGACUUGGAGCAUAUGCGUGUGGUGAAGGUUGACAAGCACCAGAGAUUUUGUCAGGAAAACAAUUUCAGUAGCCAUUUCGUGUCUGCUAAGACAGGAGAUUCUGUCUUCUUGUGUUUUCAGAGAAUUGCUGCUGACAUACUUGGCAUCAAACUAAACAAAGCAGAAUUGGAGCAAUCACAGAGGGUGGUGAAAGCAGAUAUUGUCAACUACAGUCAGGAACCUGUGACAAGAACUGUUAAUCCUCCUAGAAGCUCAAUGUGUGCAGUGCAAUGACUGUGCUAUUCUCUGUUUUGAUACCUUCGGCGGUUGUCCUACCUUGACACAGGCUCUGGGAUUACCAGGAACUUUAACAGUGACUGUCACAACAGUGCAGUUAGAGGCUUCACAAAUAUGUUACACCACUGUACGCUGACAAGCAGCAGGCAGGCAGUUUUUGUACUGGCUGAAAUUCAAACCUGAGACCACACACUUUGAAAAAAUAAUGUCUAUAUUCUUUUAAAUUAUAUUUGAAUAAAACAGUAUAACUGUGUUUAUAUAUUUCUUCUGAUCAAUUUGACUGAUACUGGAAUAAAAAUGGAUGAAGAAGUCCAGCAUUCAGAAUACUUUAAAGACAUCACCAUGGAAGGGUAUUUUGCCAAAGCAUUUUUAAAAUUUUUCCUUUUUCUCCUGUGAUCUGAACAAACACUCAGUGAAAUGUAACUUGGAAAAGCUAUUGCUGGAAUAAUUUCCAGCACAUAAUGUACCUUAUCUAGGAGUAAUUUGGAAAGUAUUCCAUUAAUACAUGUACAUAGUGCAAAAUGUAUAAAUUGUAUCCACUAAGACACAGUGCUUGAAAUAAGGCUGUAAGUAUAAAAACA